AUGGAUUCACAGGUGGUUUGUAAGAGGGAUAGUUUUAAGUAUCUUGGGUUUAUAAUUCAGGAAAAUAGAGAGAUUGAUGAGGAUGUCUCUCAUCGUACUGGAGCAGGAUGGAUGAAAUGGAAGCUUGCCUCAGGAUUUUUAUGUGAUAAGAAUGUGCCUCUGAAGCUUAAAGGCAAAUUCUAUAGAGUUGUUGUCCGUCCGACCAUGCUGUAUGGAGCGAAAUAUUGGCCAACCAAAAAUUCUCAAAUCCAAAAGUUGAAAGUGGCAGAAAUGAUGAUGUUGUGUUGGAUGUAUAAUUUUACGAGGGGCAACAGGGUUAGGAAUAUAACUAUUCGGGAGAAGGUGGGAGUGACGUCUAUAGAUGACAAGAUGCAGGAAGUAAUGUUAAAUAUGUCUGAUUUGAAAUCCAUUAAUUUUGAUCCUUACAUUUUAUAA